GUUUUUGGCGCUCGUAAGCAGGUAGCGCGCGUACUUCCACGCUCCCCUUCAAGGUCUGCAAAUGCAAACGGAAAGCAGCAACAACAGGUCCCGCCAAUAUUUUCGCAUAUCAGGCGCUUAAAUAAAAUACGCUGGGAUCACUGGCAUCUCGAAAGGCCACCGUCAUGAGGGCUAUCAUUUUCAACAGACCUUCCAGCCGAUCUCGAUGGAGCACAAUUCUAAUGCUCAUGCUCUGCACCGCCUUCCUCUGCCUUCUUGAUCGAACUCGUCGGAAAGCUGCAAGAGUGCUUCCAGAAUGGGUGCACAAAGGAAUAUCGACGGAGCUCUCAGAAUUCGUAAAGAAGGCCGAUAUCAACAUCCAAUGUUCUCAUCAGCUUGAACAGCCAGCCAUUAUUGAGCCGAAUCGCAAAGUGCAAUCGGAUCUUCCCGAAUUUGGACAAUGGAGAUCCAAAAAUGCCCUUCGGUUAGGAAUGUCCCAGUGCGACGCUCAUGUAACAUAUCAACAGAACCUCCUGUACGACUUCUACGGCUCUCGCCUUGCAAAUAUCACUCACGUCGGCGUCAUUGGUCAGACGAUUAUUGCGAAUCCAGGCGAUGCUGCCUUGUAUACUGCUACUGUAUCUAUGCUCCAAAAACUUCAUAUCCACAUAGUUUACGCCUGCCCCUUCCGUGAAUGCUCGGUGGACGAAAUGCAGAAGGCCUUAGAUGAAGCUCAGCCCGAUAAGCGACGUCAAGGAAUUGUAUUUAACGGAGGUGGAAAUAUGAAAUCUCAGUCUUUCAUAGCGCAGGAGGUCAGGAAUACCUUCGUUGAAGCGUUUCCGGAGGUUCAGAUUACACACAUGCCGCAAAGUGUAUGGUUCGAGGAUCCCAAGCAUGAUGAGUUGACGAGGGAGAUAUAUAAGCGGCAUAAGGAUGUGGUUGUGACAGUCAGGGAUCGGCUUUCCUUCGAACGCAUCAAGCAUUGGACGAACGAAGGCAUACCCGUCUACCUUCUUCCGGACACUGCACACAUUCACGGUGUACGGACAGAUUACAUGGGUGACGUAAAGUACGAUUUCCUCAUUGUUCCACGAAAUGACAAUGAGAACGGUGUCUCGCAUCAUCAAGUUGGAGCGUUUGAAACGUUGGUGAGAGGAGAUGGCAUGCAGGCCGCAAAAAUGGUGAUUGGGGACUGGAAUGAUCAGCCCUUUGAAAAGAUCAUACCGUUGCAAGAAAAGGACCGAACGCAACAGGCUUGGCUGCGUUAUAGAUUUGGGAUGGAGUGGUUGGCACAGGGGGAGCUGAUUGUGACGGAUCGACUGCAUGCAACUAUCGUUGGAUUGUCGCUUGGAAAGCAGGUUAUCGUGAUGGAACAAGGACCAUACAAGAAGAUUCAAGGAUUUUACGAGACAUGGUACAAACCUGGAUGCGACGAUCUUGUCAGGUUUGCAGAUGGAGUCGAAGAAGCUGUAAACUUGGCGAUGGAGUGGUACAAGAAUGGAAAGUCAUUUCCGGCAUCAAAAGCACAAUCAAACCGAGAGCUCCUUCCCAUGGCCUCCAACACUCUCCCAGAGCCUAAACCCACGUCACCGAAAUAUGCAGUAACAACGGUGCUGACCGGAGACCGCUACCUGGCAGGGGCACUUGUCCUCGGGUUUUCCAUCUCAAAGGUCAAUUCUCUAAGAAACAUAGACCGCAUUGCCCUCGUUCCCAAAGACGCUGCACUAUCAGAUACCCACGUCAAAAUGUUGGAAAAAGUUGGAUGGACACUUUUGUACGUUGAUCGUGUUCCGAUGCCCGCAAAGGUCAACUGGAAGUUCGAAGAUAUGUUGAUCAAGUUGCAAACCUUCAAGAUGACUCAGUACGAAAUGAUUGCCGCAAUUGACUCUGAUGCUUUUGUUGUUGGAGAUUUUUUGCCUGCGUUUGAACUAUUGUCCGUGAGCGGGGCUCCUUUGGCAGCGACAAUGGCAGCCACUAAACCAGUCGCACCAUUUUGGGACCUAAUGGCAGGCCAUUUCAACGCCGGGACAGUUUUCCUUCGCACCAAUGCAACUGCAUACGAGAUUCUACAUGCGCUGUCCCAAAACAAAGAGUACUAUCCAACAGACUUGGCUGAACAGUCACUGUUGAACCGGUACUACGCCGGACAAUGGCUUGGAUUGCCUGCUACCUACAACCUCCUAUUUGCAUAUUCGACACGAAGAGAGUACUAUCAUGAUAUUCGUCCACAAACCAAGAUAAUACAUUUUGCUGGCCAUUAUAAACCGUGGCUACCGUGUACCGACAAAAAUACGCACUCUUGUGGAUAUGAUUUGCAUCCGGAUGUCAUGCUUUGGAGACGAUGGUUCAAGGAACUUGUGCGGGAUAUGGGUUGGAAUGAGCGGGAUUUUUUGGGGGAUAGGCGUUCAGAUGCUAUACCUGAUUUUGUUUGGGAGGAUCUGAUGCUGUAAAAAGUUGUAGAAAGUGCGGAUAGGGUCCUAAUUAGGCCGCUGCUGAUGUAGAAAGUAAAAUGUUACUAUUAUAUGUAUGUGUUUUCUAAUAAGAUAUAGUUGCACACUCGA